CGCUACCAGAAAGUCCCUGUCGAGGAAGAGAUUGGCCAGAGAGCAAGAUCAUCGUCAUUCUCCACAUAUGCAUACCCUAUCGUUACCCUCCUCCUCGUCAGCCUUGCAUUCACAGCGGGGUUUUUCCUCGACCGAGACAUGAAUCGUCGGUGUCUCCGUCGCCAGUCUUUCUACUCCCCCGCUCUGGAUGAGAUUGACAGCACAUAUCACCUGGUACGCUUCAACAGCAGCGUCGGAUAUCGAACCCCAUUUGGGGGCCGGCCAAGCCCGGAAGUAGAUGCCGCCUGGGGCACUCUUGACCAUGUGAACGUGAGGAGUAUCUCAGCCGAGCAGGUGGUGCGCAACGGCGGCUCCCUGGAUGAUGUUCGCCUCCCUGAAGAAAUGGGCGGUGGAUACAUGGCGUCGGACAUGUAUACGCACCAGCUGCACUGCCUCAACUUCCUGCGAAAGGCGACAUACCCAGAAUACUACGCAUCAUCUCACGGUUUCACCGACGCCCCGCAUGUCGUGCGACUUCAUAUGGACCACUGCAUCGAGCUGCUACGUCAGUCGCUGAUGUGCCAGGGCGACGUGGGCCUGUACACCUUUCAAUGGCUGGAGGAGUACCCAGGCCCGUAUCCGCGCUUCAGCACUUGGCACAAAUGUCGCAAUCAGGCCUCUAUCGCAGCCUGGAUUGAACAGGGCGCUAUUCACACCCCGCCCGACUAUCCCUGGCCGCGGGUGCCGGGUUCGGUGGUGUUUCCCGUACCAGAUGCAGAUUAAUAUAGUUAGGGAAUCUAGCCCUAUCAAACUUAAAUAUCUAUG